AUGGAACUCCGACAGGACCUGCCCACCACAGACAGACCAGCAGAGGACCGCCGAAGCUCAGUUACCACGUCUGACACAAGCGAAUUGCACAAGGGCAACUCCCAUAAGCGUCCCGUGGCCCGCAGAGCAUGUCUUUCAUGUCGAGAGAAGAAAAUUAAGUGUGAUGGUGAAUCACUCCUGAUCAAGGCCCCCAAUGCCCCACUCGUUUGUUCCAACUGCAGAUUUCUAGGCAUAGACUGUGUGUUUGUUCAAAGCAUGCGAGGUGGUCGUAGACGCAAGAGGGUGCUGGAAAAGACAAUGUCUAAACCCGAAUCUAAACACGUGAAGAUGGACAGGUCAACACAACCAGAUGCUCCCGGAACUUUCCACUCCGAAGCCGCCAGUGGGACCAACGUGGCUCCCUCAAUUGCGUCUAACCACAGCUCAAAUCAUCGUCACAUGUUGGAUGAUCCAUGCAAGCUCAAGCUUCCAUCACCAACAUUACUGUACCUGUCAUUUUCUGAUGGUCCACACAGACUUUUCAAGCCACUGUAUGAGCCCAGCGAAAAUACAUCUUCCGGUUAUCUCUACGAUUACGGUGGCCUGGUGCAUGGUCCACCAGGUCCUUACAGUUUUGGUCCACCACAGAAAUUUAAUGGUAGAGACCAGAGAGGUUCAGAUCAAUUUAAUCCUCCUCCACAUUUGGGAAUGCACCCUCCACCAUAUCCACACGGCCCACCUGGCCACUUUGCACACCAUCCACCUCCCCCACACAUGUACAGAAUGGGAGAUUACUACUAUCCUCCACAUUUCCAUAACGGACCUCCCCCACCUCCUCCACACCAUCAUCAUCAUCAUCAUCAUCCUCCCCCUCCUCCCCCUCCUCCCCCUCCUCAUCAUCACCUUCUGCAUCCAGCCUAUGGGCUCCCGCCCCCUCACGCCAUGUCUGUGUCCCCAAGAAUUGAAUUUCCAGAAUCCAAGGCUUCCGAGAACCCUUCCAGAGGCCCAGGCACUAGUUAUUAUGUUCGUGAGGGAGAUGCAUUGUCUUCAAGAAAAGACAGCGGCAUUCAUAACCAUUGGCUGAAACCCAGUUCGGAAGCUGGUCCAGUUUCUUCUGCGCCACCUGCGUCAACCACUUCGCUGAAACUGGCUGCUCCUCCUCACCUCGAUUCAAAGAAAUAUAAAAAUACUGAGACAUCUUCCGUCUCGUCAAUGAGUCUACCGGAAACAAGUGCGGCAAGCGACCAAAUAACAGAGUCUGGAUUCCCAGCAAGAGCUGGAGGUUCUGAUUCUCCUACUUCUAUUCGCGAUGACAAGAAGGUGACAUCCAGUCGACAUUCCUUUGAUGACCGCGAUCUUCGAGAAUAUAAUUUACCCCAGUGGUCUGUAUUGUCUGAGGUGUUUGAUUUCUAUUUCACUUACGUCAAUCAAAAUUUUGUCUUGCUACCCAAUAAGAACUUUUUUUUGAAGAGAUUGGCACUAAAUUCUGAUAGUUCCAUCAUACAUGCAAUUAUUGCGGUUGUUUGCACGAAGCGUAGCUGGCCAUUUGAGCAGAGUGAGGCCCAUUGGUUAGGCAACAUGGAACGCUUUUGGGACAACUUGAAUGACUUUGGAAUGCUUCUUUGCUAUACAUUGAUACACCAUACUUCAAAGGUGAGAGAUAAUCUUCACUAUAGUGUUGACAUUAGCGAUAAGAUGUAUGAAAUUAUUCAGGGAAACCGCUACCUUGAAGUGUUGCCAACUUCAAGUAAUCUUAAUUCGAGAAAACGCUAUGAAAACGAGGCACUCAUUCGGAUGAUCUGGAUCUAUUGGGUUGAAUCGCAGGUUUUCCGUUUGAGGCAGGGUCGUCCGUAUUCCAAGCUAUUCAUGAUGAGGAACGACAAUAUCAUUAUGCGUGCUAACUUGAGUGAUUUCUGCAACAAAAAAUUCCCGCUUCCGGUGAAAAAUGAAAGUUACGUCAAAUGUCAGGAUUCCAGAAGGGGCUCAUGGGACGAUCUUAAUAGCGGCUUCUGUGAAGACUCCAACACACCGAUAACGGCAGCUCUGCUUCUCCAACAAGUAAUGGACAGAAUCGCCUCCAAUGAAUUGACCAAAGAUAACUUGGUUCUGAAUCCACAGUUCAAAACAUUUCUCAGAGACAAGUUCUAUUUGGUUCGUGAAGAUACAAUUAUUUUGAAUGCCCAUUACAUGUUUGCUAAUUACUUGAUUCUACAUGCAAGCUCUAUUCAAAGAUGUCAUUUCAUCAAGCAUUUAUUGACUUUUGAAGCACUUAUGCGUUCCACAAUGAAGGUCAAUUCCCAAAAGGCAGAUUCUGGAGAUUCGGAAGACUACAUUCCAAGAUUGAGCGCAUUUUCCAUAACUAAUCUUAUCAAUUUGGAAGAGCUUCCGUCCCGUGUUGCUGACAUUGACGAAUUUCAGUGGACUUGCUUGCUUGAAUUGAUUGAGGAUACAAUCAGCACUUUGGAUCUUUUCAACAUACACCUUGGCAUCAUUCCAUCCGAAACAACCCCACGUUUCGCUGUAUUAUAUGGAGUCACAUCUUUGGAUGCCACGCGUGACUGGUUCACGUCGCAAGAACUCAUCACCAGUGGUGAGCUCACCUGGCUCAAAGCGUGCGAUUUCAGCAUCGUGAGCGCCAGUUUGUUAGUAUGCGUUAUCCCCAGUUUAAUUGUCCUUCGCAACUUAUUUGAGAUCAAAGCUGACGGUUCAAAGUCCAAAAUCGUGAUGCUUAGAGGCAAUGCCGAGUAUACAUUUACUAUGGAGGUACCGUCCAAGGUUUUGAAGGGCUUCCAGAAGGAUGUUCUUCUCAGAGGUUUUGAGAGAGUGGCCGAGUUUCUCAGAUUUCGUGCUCAAUAUGACACUAUGCGCAGCUUACAACAGGAUACUAUCACGAAUAUCAAUAAGGUCAGCCACUACUUAGAAGAGAUACUUCAGAACAUGAAAUAG